GUAUGUUACUUUACAGCAGCUGAAUACAACGGGUGGCAAACACAGACACGGACCAUGCUGAGUGUGGAGAUGUAUCCCAGUUUGACCCUGGGGUCUCAAAGACUCGGAGACUGUUUUUACCGAGACCGGGAGCCGUCUGCCCACAUGCCACUUUUCCCCACUGCGUGUGAUGUGGCGGCCAAAGCCCUGCCCCCGAGACUACUGGCCCCUCCCCCACCCCCCAGUGACCCUGCACCCAAAAGCCAAGAUGGGGUGAAGAUGGAGCUGGAAAAUAUCUCUUUAUGGAAGCAGUUCAGCUCUGUAGGCACAGAAAUGAUCAUCACAAAGAAGGGCAGACGGAUGUUCCCAGGGUUGAGGAUGAAGGUGUCAGGCCUGAGUCCGUCUCUCCGUUACAUCCUCCUGAUGGACAUUGUCCCAGUGGACAACUCUCGCUAUCGUUUCCAAGGCGGCAGCUGGCAGGCUGUGGGCGGGGCAGAGGCCAGGCUUCCAGACCGGGUGUUCAUCCACCCAGACUCCCCUGCCACAGGAGCCCACUGGCAGAGCCGCACCAUCUCCUUCCACUACGCCAAACUCACCAACAACACACUGGACGCACGGGGACAUAUCAUCCUCCACUCACUCCAUCGCUAUCAGCCAAGGGUUCAUGUAAUUGAAGCCAGAGAUGUGUUGAGGUGGGGAGGGGGCCAGUACUCUUUUGUUUUCCCUGAGACUCAGUUUAUCACUGUCACUGCAUACCAGAACAACAAGAUCACAGAGCUGAAGAUCAACUCCAACCCGUUUGCCAAAGGCUUCAGAGAAGAUGGCAUGAACUGCAAAAAACAAAGAGACGCGAGGCAGAAGCGUAAAAUCUCUCUCCUGACUGAAACCUUGGAUAUUGUAAACUGUGAUCCUUGUGAUUCCACGGAGCUUCUCCCACAGCCCACGGCCACCUCAGGGCCUGGUGCAGACCUGCAGGCCCUGGCUCUGGCCGGCCUGCCUGCACUGCCGGACCCCACCUGUGGGUUCAGACCAGAGGAGACCCCCUUCCAGGACUCACUGGUCUCGGAGCAGACGUUAGACCUCGGCCAAGCAUUCAUGGCUUCUCAGAUGUCUGACGUUAACAUCUCCAUGACCGGCGGGAUGGAGAACACGGCAGGAAAUGAGGUGGCAAAUGCCAUAAUCGAAGGGUCAGAUGCUCAGCUGGGUGAGGCAGCGUACACCUCCGUCUUCCCCACCACUCAGACCACCUCCUCCCCUUUCCCCCCAGCUCCCCUCCCUCCACCAGCCCCCUCCUUCUCCUCCCUCCCCGUCCCUGACUCCUCAGACACAUCUAACCCUCAGCCCACCAUCCCCCCCAUCGACUACCCCUCUAUCCUCACCUCCUCUCCCACGCUCCCGCCCUCCUCCACCACCACCCCCUCCCUGCAGCAGACCUCCUUCACCUUCCCCACUCCACCCCAUUCCAACUCCUCCUCACCACAGCCCCUCCUUCUUCCUCCCUCCUCCUCCUCUCCCUCCUCCUCCUCCUCUUCCAACACUUAUCACCCCAUCACUGCCACCGACUCGGAGGCGAUCAGCCCCCACACACCUCCUGACACCUCCUCCUUCCCUGUGCCGUCGUCUGCAUGUCAGUCAGGCCUGCAGGACCAAAUGUCGGCUCAUCCUCUGCUCGGCCAGCCCAGCCAGGUGCUCCAUGGAGAACCAAUCACCAACGCAAGUGAUCACAGCUCAGCAGAAUUCAUUUGCCCCAACUUACUGCCCCCAAAUCCUGUGAGUGCUCAGCCUCUCCCCAACCAAAACCAACCUCCUCCUCCCACUCUUUCAGGCUCUCUUCCUGCGUACAGUGCCUCCUCAUCCUUUGCAUUCCCUCCUCACAUGCAGAAUCUGUCUUUUCCAAAUAUGUCCCCCGGUCCCGCCCACACCGCCCUGCACCUCCCAAAUCUGAGCCACCAGACCCAGACUCCCCCCUUCCCUCACUCAUCUUCCUCCCUUCCUCACCCUCCUUCCCAGCCAUCCUCUUCCUCUUAUGCCUCAUCCCACCCUCAGACCCUUCCCAAUCCCCCUGCCCCCCCUUCCUCCUCCUCAUACCCUCCAGUGGAUAUCAGUGCUAUCUCUCAGUUCAACGCCGCUGUCCCCUAUCGUCCGGAGAUGGUACGACACCACCCGUCUCUCCUCCCUCAGCUGGACCCACCCCUUCCCUCUGCUCCCCCAGCCCUCUACCCUCCCUUUUCAUCCUACCCUCUCCGGCUUUGUCAGGACCCACACCCAUCCCUAACCAUCCCACUCAGGCAUCUGUACAGACAGCACCAGCAUGGUCACGCCCAUGCCCAGGGGUCCUACCUGGACAUGAGCACAAGAGCUGUGUUUUAGUUCCUGGCAAUAAUAGAAACAAAAUUAUUUUGAUAUAAUAGCGCUUUUAGCAGUGUGUAGUUUUACCUCAUGUAGUCCGUUCAUUGUAGUGUGUGUGUGUGUUUUCUUAAGAUGUUUGCUGCUCUGAAUUUUUAAUAAAUAGAUUCAUGAA